AUGAGUUCCAAUGGCAGUGCUUUGAAGGGAUCAGGUACAAGGAAAUAAUAACUAAAAUAGCAACUCCUGAUUUGGCUAAACAGGUAUUGGCCUAGAAAUUGGCACAAUAAAUAGUAAAUCAAAUAGUGUCAGAUGAUGUUAUUGAUGAUAAAAUCGAAGAGGAAGAGAAUCAAAAUAAGGAGCCCACUUGCUGUUAAAUGUUUUGUGCUCCAUUUACCUUGAAGUAUUAUUAACCAUUCUUCAACGAUUUGACAUCUAAAGUAAUAGCAUAAAAACUAUGGGCAUCCUUUUUUCCAUUCAAGGCAACCUUCUUUGAAAUAUAAGACGGGAAACCAGAUUUAUAUGGGCCAGUCUGGAUAUAUGCCACUUUAGUAUUUGCAGUAGCUGCUGCAGGUAACAUUUCAGGUUAUUUGGCAACUCCAAGCAAUAUUGCAUUCCAUUACAACUUCGAGUUCAUUCCAACGGCAUCAUCACUACUAUUUGGCAUAGCAUUCCUAGUGCCAUUUGCAAUUUAUAUGGUUAUGAAAAUGUUGGGAGGCAGACAUCUUCAUUUAACAUCAGUUAUCUGUAUAUAUGCCUAUGCUUAAACCUGCAUAAUACCUGUGUGCAUUGUAUGUUCGAUACCGAAUCCUUAAUUACAGUGGGGAGCAUUGAUUUAUGGAAUGAUUAAUUCAUCUUUGUUCUUGAUUGUUAAUUAUUGGGGGUAUGUAUAUGAAUGCAAAUAACUUUUAGAGAACUGGAGAAGAAUAUACAAGCCAAGAAACACAUAGUUAUCUGGUUGAUUGCUGGAUGCUAGGUGGUGUUGUUGUUAUUGUUCAAGAUGUACUUCUUCUUGUAUGUAUACACGAAUCCUUAUACUGGAUCAAGAUUUGAUUAACUCACAAAGAUUGUAAAUGAAUAUAAGUAAUUUUAGGUUCAUACGGAUCACUCCUUUUUGCAUCACCAUCAAUAACAUUGA